AUGUUGACCGUGCCAACAUUUGGUGAUUAUAAGCUUCCAAACAUAGAUAAUGAGCCGAUGCGAAAUUAUGAAUCCAACUCUAAAGACCGUGCUGAGCUCCAGAAGACCGUGGACGAACUACUCGCAAGCGAGCCUUUCGAGGUGCCGAUCAUUAUUGAUGGUCAAGAGUUCAAGAGUGGCAAGCUUUCAAAGCAGGUAAAUCCUGGAAACCACUCACAAAUCUUAUGUCAUUACCAUGAAGCUGAUGAGCGCAUGGUUCGCGUCGCGAUUGAGGGCGCGAUGAAGUCCAAAGAAAUGUGGGCGAACCUGCCAUGGAGUGAACGUGCCGCCAUCAGUAUGAAGGCCGCAGACUUGAUCGCCAAUAAGUAUCGCUACAAGCUUCUAGCAGCAACGAUGGUUGGCCAAGGUAAGAAUGUUUGGCAAGCUGAAAUUGAUGCCGGCGCUGAAAUUUGUGAUUUCUUGCGCUUUGGUGUCAAGUACGUCGAUGACAUGUACCAAAUUCAACCUCCUCGCAAUUCGCCGGGUGUUUGGAAUAGGACGGAAUACCGCCCUAUUGAAGGGUUUGUUCUCGCUAUCUCACCGUUCAACUUCACGGCCAUCGCUGGCAAUUUGGUCAUGACACCAGCCCUCGUUGGCAACGUUGUUGUGUGGAAGCCGUCACCCAUGGCAAUCUACUCCAACUACUUGGUGUACAAGAUUCUUGAAGAGGCAGGCGUUCCACCAGGUGUUAUCCAAUUUGUACCGGGUCCUGCGCAGGAAGUGGCUACAGCUGCUAUUACCCAUCGUGAAUUUUCGAGCCUACACUUUACGGGAUCAACUUUUGUAUUUAAGUCGCUCUGGAAGCAAAUUUCAUCGAAUCUCGACACUUACCGCAGUUAUCCGCGCAUUGUUGGCGAGACGGGUGGCAAAAACUUUCAUUUCGUGCACAAGUCGGCGAACGUGGAUGUGGUUGUGACGCAAGCCAUUCGUGCAGCCUACGAGUAUCAGGGCCAAAAGUGUAGUGCUCUUUCACGCCUUUAUGUACCCAAGUCCAUGUGGGAAGGCGGCUUGAAAGAAAAGCUUAUUGAGCGCACCUCAUCACUUAGCAUGGGCCCCGUCCAGGACUUUAAGAACUUCAUGGGUCCUGUGAUCGCGAAGCACUCUUUCGACAAGAUCAUGGGACUCAUUGAAGAUGCUAAGAAGGAAGGAGGAAAAGUGCUUGUGGGUGGUCACGGCGAUGACUCUAAGGGAUACUACGUUGAACCCACUAUCAUCGAGACUCAAGAUCCACGCUCGGUCACCAUGGUGAAGGAGAUCUUUGGCCCUGUCAUCACGGUGUUCGCUUACCCUGAUGAUGAUAUUGAGGGCGCGUGUGCUCUUGUCGAUACAACAACUGAGUACGCUUUGACAGGGUCUAUUUUCGCGUCUGAUCGCCUUGCGCUUGUCCACAUAAGUAACCUUCUUCGCAACGCAUCUGGUAUGAUGUACUAUAACGACAAGUGCACAGGUGCUGUUGUUGGUCAGCAGCCAUUCGGUGGUGCUCGAGCCUCUGGGACCAACGACAAGGCUGGCAGUAUGAACAUCUUCUUCCGCUUUGUGUCUCCACGUACGAUCAAGGAAUCUAUGCUCGAUCCUGCUACUCAUCUUUACCCAUCGAACAUGUAA